UUUUUUUUUUUUCAGAUAAGCUACGCAAUAUCUGUGUGCUGAUAUCGUCUGUUAAUAGAUACGGAGUGUUUUGAAUCAUAGGAUGAAGUGAUAAAAUUCAUAUUUUUGUAUAAUAUUCAAUGGUUAUUCGAUAUAUUUAAACAAUGUCAGAUGUUCAGAAAGACACAGAAUUAAGCCCAGCAUAUUCGUCAUCAUUCUCUAAGAACCACAGCAUAGUACGCAAUGAGGAACCCAAAAAUAAUAGGCAGCCAUCUCGUCCACCUCCACGUCCGCCACCAAGCCAACCAUUUUACCCUGGUACUCGUAGGGUUAUUCAAAAACAGCCAAACUCAAUAAUUCAAUCUCAAGAGCCAUAUUCUAAACCAACAUUUCGGGAACAUCCUGCAGAAUCAUCUGUUAACCAUUCUGAUACAGAACUUUUGUAUCACCAAAAGGAAAAACGUGUAAAGAAAAAGACUGAAAAUAAAAUGAGAAAAAGUACACUGAAUAAAUCAACAUAUAAACCAAAAGAAAGAUUAAUGAAAAACCCUGAAGAAUCCAAGAGAAACUGUUGUUGUAUUUGUUGGGUAAAUCUUUGUUACGAAUUAUGUACUCAGGGAUAAGUUAACAUUUAAGACAUAUUAAAAUGCUUGUUGCUUUCCAAAGCAUCUUAGUAAAUGUUAGCAUAAAUCUAAAAGUCUGCACUUUUAACAGUUUUAUAAUUUUGAUAUAGAAUAUUUUUAAGAAUAAAAUAUACAGAAUAUGAGCAAUUUAUAUAUAUAUUUGUGUACAUAAGAGAUGCUUCAAUAACUGGAUAUAUUAUGUAAUUCGAAUUUGAUAUUUUUAUGUUAAAUAAAAUUUUUAAACUUCUG